AUGUACACUGGAGACAUUCUCUUCCAGCAGAUCACGCCCGAGAAUGCCGACGCCUUCGAGGGGAAUGCUGUAGAGUACUUGGGCGGAUUGGAUGAGCUCCAAACGGAUCCAACUGCUUCGUCCUUCUUUGCCGAGCCGAAGGACUUCUCAGGUGACGUGCCCCCGCUCUUCUUCAGCGUCGGAGCCUCCGAGUCGAUCCUUGGAGACUCCGUCCACGUGGCCCAGACAGCUGCGCAAGCGGGUGUGGACGUGAUCCUGGAUGUCUACCAUGCCAUGUGGCAUGUGUUCCCGAUGUACUCGGAAGGCUGCGGCAGUGGCACGGAGCUUUGGCAAGGAGCUUAUGCCAUUAACAAGACGGGCCUCUUCGUCCGGCACAUUGCAGAGACGGGCCGAUUACCAUACAAGGUGACUAUCGAGGGUCCCAAGGGUGGCCCUCCGCACUCGAGUAUCCUGGCCCGCUUCUGGGAGCCCGGGACAAGCAAGUUACCUGCCUUCCAGUACCUCUACGACCCCAACAUCAAGAAGUUCGAGAAGGUUGGGGAGCUGAUGCCCAACACGGAUGCAGCGUACAGCUACAAGGACCUGAUGAAGACCUUGGCGCACUCGUCGCCAUGGGUUGUGCUUCCAUCCCUCACAG